UCUCACAUUUCUACCACAUCCAAUUCAAGUUUCAUUUCAAUAUCCAAAAAGCUUCAAACUUUCACUUUACCUCUAAAGAGUGGUCAUUCUUUGUAGCAAGUUUCUCUUUGUUUUUGUUUGAAAAAAAUGGCUGAUCAGCACGAACACAACAAGACCUCAGUUGAAGAGACUGGUGCCAGCAUGGAGUCUCGUGGUUUGUUUGAUUUCCUUGGGAAAAAAGAAGAGGAAAAGCCAACUCAUGCUCAUGAAGAACAAGUAAAAGUAUCUGAAGAACACAAGGAGGAAGAGAAGAAACUCCACAGAUCAAGUAGUAGCUCGAGUGAUGAGGAAGAAGAAGUAGGAGAGGACGGACAGAAAAUCAAGAAGAAGAAAAAGAAGGGCUUGAAGGACAAGAUCAAGGACAAAAUAUCUGGAGAGCACCAGGAAGAAGAGAAAACGGAGAAGGUUGAGGACACGUCAGUUCCUGUUGAAAAGUAUGAGGAAUCCGAGGAGAAAAAAGGUUUCCUGGACAAAAUAAAGGAGAAGUUGCCAGGUGACGGGCAGACGAAGGCCGAGGGAAGUGGCGCUCCCCCACCGGCUGUGCCUGAGCAUGAGGCUGAUGGUAAAGAGAAGAAGGGAUUAAUGGACAAAAUAAAGGAGAAGUUGCCAGGUGACGGGCAGACGAAGGCCGAGGAAGUGGCGCCUCCCCCACCGGCUGUGCCUGAGCAUGAGGCUGAUGGUAAAGAGAAGAAGGGAUUAAUGGACAAAAUUAAGGAGAAAUUACCAGGAUACCACCCUAAGACUGAAGAAGAAAAGGAAGCUGCUGCCUCUCACUAAAGUUGACAACAUGGGAAUGAAUGAAGUGUUUAUUUGUCGCUUUUUUACUUUUAUGACGAUGUGAUUGUGCUGCUAUGAUGUUUUGGUUAUGCUUUCAUUUCAAUUCCUGCACUGUUUCUGGAUUUUAGAAGGACUGUAUUCCUCUAUGUCAGUGCAUAGUUGUUUUGUAUGUGCUUAUAUAUAAAGUUUGUUAUAUAUGGAUUUGUAAAAUGCAGUUGGCUUUGAUUA